AUGGCCCCUCAAGGGGGCAGGUGCGCCCGGGCACUUAUCAAGCCCCCUCAUCUCAAGCAGAUGGGCGUGCCUCAUUCUUCACGAAAUCUUCGAGGAGUGAGCCAGAAUCAGAAUGCAGUGAAGAAAGUGGCCAGGCUGAAACUGAACUGCCCACACAUGAAAGUGACAGAGAGGAAAGUGAUAGAAAAGAAAAGGGUGAUCAAGCAGCCAGGGUCUUUGAAGAGGCCUCAAGCCAAAAGAGUUUUGGAAAGCCGACUGGCAGAUCAGCCGGAGAUAGGCAAGCUGGCGAGAUCAAACAAGUUGACAGUGUUGGAGAGGCGAUCGGUGAGUGCAAAUAUCGAGGAGCAGUACAGAAAUUACUAUCAGAAGUUUCUGAGUUUCUGCCAGGCACAAGAUCUCGAUUUGCCACCAUCUCCAAGCACAGAUGCAAACCUGAGCGAUUUCAUGGAUGUGUUGUUCUUCGAGGGGAAGCCCAUGAACGAAGGGGAGAAGAUCUUAGCGAGCGUGGAGUUCCAUCACAGCUGCCUCAAAGGAAGGCUUGUCAGGGCCCGAAAAGCUCUGCGUGGGUGGCGCAAAGAAUGCCCGCCCGAGAGUCGAAUUCCUCUGCCGAAGCUGGUGGCCUAUGGCAUGUGCAUGAUUCUGUACGCCAUGGGUCUCAAACUCCAUGCCCUGAAGCUCAUCUUGGACUUCGACACAUACAUGAGGCCGGGAGAGAGCUUGGACCUGCUCAAGAAACACUUGGUCAAGCCGGUUUCCAAUGCUGGACUCCAGUAUCGUUGGUAUGCGGUGGUGAUCAGAGAUUUCGACGAGUUGCGGCCCGACAAAGUGGGGGUGUUCGACAACAGUGUCCCACUAAACAGCAGGGAGCGGAAAUGGAUUGGUCCAGUCCUCCAUGCUCACACCAAGACUCUUCCCAGCAACGAUUCAAAGAUUUUCCCAUUCACUGCGAAGGAGUAUGGGAGAGAAUUCACCAAGGCGGGAGAGCUGCUGGGACUCAAAGGGCUACACCCUUACCAACUUCGUCAUGGCGGAGCAGCAGACGAUCUGAACUCGAAGGAGAGAGAUCACCAGGGCGUCAAAGCCAGGGGCCGGUGGCAGACGGAUCAAUCCGUCCGCCGUUACACCAAGGUGGGAAAGAUUCAGCAAAUCUUGAACCAGCUCUCACGACCAAACAUGGAGUUUUGUCGUUGGUCACACCGAAACCUCGAGAAAGUGUUUCACGGAACAGACCAUGACGGCGUCUUCUUGACCUUGCGAGCUCAACCUUACCCAGAUGCCUUGGCUGUCUUGGUUAGCCAACAAGUGGUCCCUGACUUCAACUCCACCACCUACCCCAACCACCACACUUGGGGGACAGAUGUGAUCACUGGAGGAAGCUGCAGCCUCUUAGACCUGGAGGACGAUCCCCCGGAAGCGGCCGAAGACGGCGGCUCCAAGGCGGGCAACGAAAACGUGGAGCAGACUGAGGCUGCACCGCAGGUAGAUCAGGAGCGCUUGGCCGUGGCCCUGAAGCGUGUCACGAAGGACUCGCAACGGCGAGUAAAGGCUGCACAGGCCGCAAACGCACGCUCGGUGUUCAUCACAAACCUGCCAUUCAAGGCCAAGGAGGAUGAGAUCCGUGACUGGCUGGGCCCGGCCGGCGACAUCAAGGGCUUACGGCUCAACCGCGACAAGGCUACAACCAAGGCCUUGGGCUAUGGUCAUGUACAGUUUGCCUCGCCUGAAGCUGCCGAGAAUGCUGUGAAGCAGUGCGACAAGAUCGAGUUGCACGGGCGGGUGAUGCGUGUGGCGCCGAUUUCAGACGAGAAGUUCCAGUUUGAGCUUCCGGAGGAAAUCAAGGAAGAUCUUCGCAAUCUCCUCAAGGAGGCUUAUGAAGGGAAGAACAUCAGCACCAUCAAGGAUGCCUGGCAGAAGAGGCAUCCUGGACAGAAGCUGAACACCACCAAGUGGGGUUUCAAAAACUUCUCGACGGCCCUGAAGACCUUGGAAGGAGUGACACUGGAGCAUCACUUGGAAAAGACCCUGACCUUCCUCGCCUUCUUUGACGGAUCUUCGAAGCACAAAGAGUUCUUGGAGGCCAAAGCCAAGAAAGCCAGCCUCGGCCCUGCAACGCUGACGCCUGGGGAGGCAAAGCGUGCAGCCGCAGAGGCCGAUCCUGUGCCCAAGGCUCAAAACGGCUCCAGUUGA